AUCUCCUUUCAGAUGUUUGCUGGAUGCCUUUCGAGCUUUUGUAAUUGGAUGAAUGGGAAAGAUCCCCUAGACUAUAACCUGAUAUGUUCAUGUUGACAUCUUUUAGACUUGAACGCUUUGGCAAAGAGCCUAGGGGAAUCUUUGAAAUUGACCUCCCUCUGAGAAAAUGAUGUCAAUUGUAUUAAGAGAGGGUUUGAGAUUCCAGAGUCAUAUCAGUUGUAGGCAGGGCAUUCAGUUAGGUAUUUGGCUUGAACCUGGCUGGACUCAAACACUGUAUAACACUAUAAGAAGUGUGGCUGUUUCUAGAUGGAUUUUGCUUGUAGGGCAGGGAAAUUCCCAUUUACAUAGGUAUGUCACAGUCAAUCUUCCUAGGACUCUUUAGAAGUUUUGGAACUUAAUAGUAUCCAAUAUGGACAAGUAAAGCUUUAACUAUGUUUCCCUAGUAUUUACAAGAUCAUACUACGGUAUCAUUUUUUCAAUCGGUCCAUAUGGUGUCUGUAGCAAAGGCUUCAGCUUGGGAGUAGUAAUUGCUGCAAUCCUGCUGGAAAAUUAACCAGAGUGAUGAUUAUCUGUGAGUCAGUCUUUGUUCUUGGAUUAGUUGUAGGGGUAGACUCUUUAAAAGUAUCUGAUAAUCUGAUAUGGUCACGCCAAGCUUCUCUAUGCUUCUCUAUUACUUAUAAGAUCAUACCCAAGCAUUAAUAUAUACAUGUCUAACAUGAAUACAUCAAUACAAGUGAGGGUUGGACCGUUGGAGCAACAAUGAUCAAAUAUGUAAGCUGCUACGAUAUGGUCCUGGGUUACUCUAUGUGAAAGCUAAGAGUCUGACUUGCAUCUUGUUCAUGGUUGGCCUGCUUCUGGUAGCCGCAAUAGAGCUGGAUAAAUUAUUGUUGCAACGCCUGAAGGGCUGAAGGUAGUUCUUGGGUAAGAUUGAGAUGAGCAGUGAGCUGUAGAAUGAAAAGGCUUGUAACUGGAGAUUUUACUUGCUUUUCUCAGGACCAUGGAAAAAGACAGAAAUAGGUGUACCUGUAAUAAUUAGCAGAAACAAUGGAAGGGAUUAGAAUACAGCUCCUUGUCACCGUUUGAAGGGCUUGCCGGCGACCAAAGGGUUGAUUCGGCCGCCGGCGAGCAAUUUUAGAAGAAUAAUGUAGAGCGAGUUGGGUGUGAGGCUGUGUCUGAUCCCAAUUUUUAUUCAUUUUGCUUACUUGAGUUAGUAGUGACAUAAUUAUACUUUAGUGCCUUGUGGUUUUAAUAUUUUCACUUUGGUGUCAUGACCUUUUCAACUUUGUAUCACGCAUUAUGGUGCCCUGUUGUUUUAUGAUUUCACUUUGGUGCGUUGAUUGUUAUAUACUACAUUGGUUUCUUAUUUUGUGCAACUUUUGCCGUAACGGGAUAUUACUAGUUAUGUCUUAUGUGCAACAAAAAAACUCUUUCUUUUAUAGUAAUUUUUUUUGUGUAAAUUUACUAACAAACCCUUGUUUUAAUAUAAUUAACACCUUAAAUCAUAUGAUAUUAACUUAUCAUCUACGGAUUUUUCACGAAAUACCCUGGGUUAUCACUUAAUUUACCAUAUACCUAUCAAAGUUUUCAAAUUCAACAUAUACUCAUGAGUUUCAUGAAAAUAUCACCAAAUACCCUAAGUGACUAACGCCUUUAACUCCGUUAGUUAUUAAGGUUAAUUAUGCUACGUGACAAUCUUUGAUUGAUUCUCAUUUAAAUCAUUUAAUUAAUUAUGUACUUUACUUCUCGUUCCAUUUUUUAAUUCCCGUGAAAUUUGACAAUGAGAAAAACAUUAAGGGACAAAGGAGUAUAUAUAAUAGUAUAAAAUAGAGACUAGGCAGUAGGCCCUAUCAUUUUUGUCUUUUAUUACCAGAAAUUAACAAGUGAAAAAUGUGUUUAUGAUGUGGUUAAAAAAAAGAGAGAGCUGUGAUGAUAAGGCACAACUGUUUGUGGAUGAUACUCUAAAAUUAGAGACACAUAGCCAAGAAUGAUGAAUUGUAUUCUGAAGAAGAAGAUGAAGAUGAUGAGUAUGAUGAUGAUUCUCUGCUUGAUCUUAACAAAUGCGAGUAGUAACAGAAUUACAGACGAAGACCCAAAACCAAAGGCAUGGCCAGAGCAAUUCCACUCAGUGUUGGUGAUGAACAGCACAAAGACGAAUCACUUGCAGGUGACUGAUUUAUGGUAUGAUUGGCCAAAUCGUCGUAACUUGAAUCUUAUUCAAAAACAAUUGGGCAAGCUUUUGUACGAUGUAGAAUGGAAUAAUGGCACUUCUUACUAUUAUACACUUGAUGCUACUUCUGAAUGCCGGACAAUGCUUUUUGAAGUGGGAAUUUUGAGACCAAAUUGGCUUGAAGGUGCUACCUAUUUGGGUCAGCAACAUAUGGAUGGCUUUCUUUGUAAUGUUUGGGAGAAAGUGGACUUCAUUUGGUACUAUGAGGAUGUUGUUACGCGCAGGCCUGUUUACUGGCUCUUCUAUGAUGGUAUAGCCACUCAUGUGAUGACCUUUGAAGAGGGUGCUGUGCUGGAGGAUUCCCGGUGGCAGGCCCCGGUUUACUGCUUUAACAAGGAGGAGAAGCAGCAGCAAAUUGCUGGAUACCCACAGCAGUUUCUUAGAAAUACAAUGCCAUUGGCCUUUACAUGAUCCUUUUUGUUUCUGUAUUUUUUUUAAUUGUUUAUUUAUUUAUUUUUUAUUUUUUUUUAAUGCAGCUGCUGUUGUUUCUUGUGUUUUUCCUUUAGAUUUUGCUUGGGUUCAUUUGUGGAUUUUGCUUUUAUGUGUCAAUGGUGUUAAAUAAACUAGAUUAACUUAUCAAUGUAUCUUGCAUUGAUGGUCUUGAUUUAUAGCCAUAGUGAUCAUAUGUCAGUUAGUCAGUGUUCUUAGAUUUUUUCUGAUAUGGUCACGUCAAGCUUCUCUAUGCCUUAGUUCCCUAUUACUUAAAGAUCAUACCCAAGCAUCAAUAUAUACAUGUCUAACACGAAUACAUCAAUACAAGUGGAGAGUUGGAGCAACAAUGAUCAAAUAUGUAAGCUGCUACGAUAUGGUCCUGGGUUACUCUCUGUGAAAGCUGAUAGCCUGUCUUGCUCCUUGUUCAUGGUUGGCCUG